AAUAGUCGGAACUACGAAAGAUAGCCGAAAGGCAUUAAACAAGAUGGCGGCAGAUUUGACAUACGAAGGUUGCAAUUUUUAUCGUCAAAGAUUGGUUCUUUCUACCUUAAGUGGAAAAUCAGUGAGGAUAAAGAAUAUCAGGUCAUUUGAUGAUGAUCCUGGUCUCAAAGGUAUGGUAGUUUUAUAACAUGCGGGCUUCUGUGCAUGAUGCGACUACAGUACUUGAAAAAUAGUACGUCUGAUUGGUCUGAACAGUGAACAAAUUAUUAAUAGAACAAACUUGCGAAUUUAACGAUGCGACUCAUGCGAGGGAAGGCCUAUCGUAAGUGAAAGUAUACGCUAGAAACGUCGACGCUUGUAUUCUUCGCUAGCUACCGAAAAGUAGACAAACAUUUUUGAAAAUUUACCAGAUUAUGACCCCCCCCCCCCUGGCCCCCUCUUUGUAAUUUUUGGUGUAUGUAAGGGACAAAAUAAAAAUCGAGCAGAGGAAACAGAAAGCAAAGACUUUUCAAUAAGGAAAAUUAUAAGUUCAAAUAAAAAAAUAUCGUGCAAGGGAUUAUAUUUAAAAAAAUUAUCGACACCAGCAAAAAUUAAAAAAAAAAUAUUUGUACAAGUUGAAAAGUCCCCCCCCCCAUCACUUUUCUAAUGGUCUGCCCCUAAUGUCAUGUCUGUAGUAUGUACAAGUCAAAUCCAACCGCAAUCAUCCCCCCCCGGGCAACCCCCAGGGAAUUUGACUUUUGUUGAUCUUGAAUUUUGCUUAAUUAAUGCACCUUAAAAACCAUCAAUCAAAAGGCUGAACUGUGCCUUUAAGUGCAGUGCUUUUUAUUACAUGAUAAAAUUGUGGUAAAAUAUGUGCAUGUUCCAUGAUAUAGAUAUGUGGCAUACAUAGAUGAUUCAGUUUAGUCCAUCAGCAUAUAUUAUUGAUAAAAGACAAUGUUGGUAGAUACAAAAUUUCCAUGUGUUAUGUGAUCACACUGUAGAUUUUGAGGCUGGUUUUAUAAGACUACUUGACAAGUUAACCAAUGGUUCAAAGAUUGAAGUUAAUGAAACAGGUGCGUAUGAAGAGGAUAAUAUUAAUCUGUUAGUAUUAAUUACUUAGAUUUCAUUAUUUUACGCAGGUUCUGAUAUAUUGUGAACAAAAUUACAGUCAAACCUGUCCUUGUGAGAACUUCUCUCAUGCACUAUUGAGAACUGCAUGUCUAUAUUAUGCAAAUGUUCUUGUGACUUGACAAAAUUCCCACAUGUAGACUACAAUUUUCUUCCCAGAUGGCAAAUAUACUAAUAUAUAGAACAGUUUUAUUAUCCAUCCUGAGAAUAAGGAUUUAAGCACAUAUUGAAACUUGAAAGAGGUUCUACACUUUGAUGAGAAAGGAGCAACAGAGGAAAACUGAUGGUCACCAUUUUAUUCUGGGUUUUAAAAACACAAGAUUAAUCGGAAAAUCCGUAAUCCAAAGUUUAUUUAAAUUAAGGCCUUUAAAGUCGAAGGAGGAAAAAUGGGGUACAGUAUAUACUUGAUUAGGUGAUGGGAAACCUUUGUGUUGUCCCUUCAUCCCCUGCUUGCUAGCUCUUCCCACCUUCCCUUCAUGAAAAAAAACCACAUUGAAGGUACUGAUAGUAAGUUCUGUUCCCCAUCUAAUGUAACAUCUCAUUUUUGUGCCCAGUCCUAAUUGAGGUGAAAAUUACUUCUCUCAUUUUUGAACAUUUGUCUAUUAACAUUUCGAACAUUCAUUCGAUUGGUCUUGAUAUGGGAUUUCUUCCCUAUUGAUCAUACUUUCAACUUACAGUAUAUUGUAUGUCUUCAUUUAAAGUUAAUUGUUGUAUAUUUGUUUAGUUAAAAUGUUUUAAAAUUAAUAAAUAAAUUAGAUUUGUUUUAUUUGGAGUCACUGUGUUGUUUUAAGACCAACACCAAAUGUUAACAUGUUAAUGUAAUGAAACUAAUUUAAAGGCAGCAUAAUUGUUUCAGGUACAUCAAUAUUUUAUAAACCUGGCUUGCUUAUUGGUGGGACAGUGGAUCAUGAUUGCAGUCUUCAAAGAUCUGUUGGUUAUUUUCUUGAAAGUAUUGUUUGUCUAGCUCCGUUUUGUAAACGACCUCUUAAACUGACGUUAAGAGGUGUAACGAAUGAUGAUGAAGACCCGUCUGUAAGUAUUACUACUCUGGGGGUUUAAUCCAGUCUAUAAAUUACACACUUGUAAACACUUGUACAGGUAUGUCUCAUUGGAGAUUCACAAAUUAUAGAUUUCAACAACCAAAACAUAUUGCUAAUAUAAUACCAGUUUUUGUACUAUAUAUAUUGUUAGCUCACCAAAAAUCAUAUUUUCUAUAGUUUAAAGCCUCAUGGAUAAAACGAAAAUGAGAGCACAUGAGAGUUGGCAGUCACGCGACCUUUGUAGCCAACUUAGCUGUUCUUAAUGCUUUCCCAACACUAUCAUGCAUGCCCAACACAGCAACACUAUCAUGUAUGCCCAACACAGCAACACUAUCAUGCAUGCCCAACACAGCAACACUAUCAUGUAUGCCCAACACAGCAACACUAUCAUGUAUGCCCAACACAGCAACACUAUCAUGUAUGCCCAACACAGCAACACUAUCAUGUAUGCCCAACACAGCAACACUAUCAUGUAUGCCCAACACAGCAACACUUUCAUGUAUGCCCAACACAGCAACACUAUCAUGUAUGCCCAACACAGCAACACUAUCAUGUAUGCCCAACACAGCAACACUAUCAUGUAUGCCCAACACAGCAACACUAUCAUGUAUGCCCAACACAGCAACACUAUCAUGUAUGCCCAACACAGCAACACUAUCAUGUAUCAGCAACACUAUCAUGUAUGCCCAACACAGCAACACUAUCAUGUAUGCCCAACACAGCAACACUAUCAUGUAUGCCCAACACAGCAACACUAUCAUGUAGUAUGCCCAACACAGCAACACUAUCAUGUACAGUAUGCCCAACACAGCAACACUAUCAUGUACAGUAUGCCCAACACAGCAACACUAUCAUGUACAGUAUGCCCAACACAGCAACACUAUCACAUAUAAUGACGUAUUCCCAACACUAUCAACAUAGUUGGAACACUCAUCGAACCUUUAUUUUUUUUGGAACACACAUCGAACCUUUUUUUAUUAUUAUUACCUCCGCCAGGAGGUUAUGUAAUCAUCUGGGUUUGUAUGUGUGUGUGUAUGUGUGUGUGUAUGUGUGUGUGUGUGUUUGUCUGUGAGCACGAUAACUCAAGAAAUACCAAACAUAUCCGUACGAAAUUUUUUGAGUGCAUUUCCCAUCGGCUAAGGAAGAACUGAUUAAAAUUUGGUUGAAUUUGGUUAAAAAUUGAAUGAGAAAUAACAAAAGUUUUUCUUGCUUUUCCCGGUCAAUUAAAUAAAACUUAUACUGAAUGCGUAAUUAGGACGUGCAUAAUAUAUGCACCAGCCAUUCAAAUUCUAAUAACAAUAGAUUACUUCAAUAUUUUGCGCGUAGGCGGAGGUAUGCAGUCUCUGAGUGCCCUCUAGUUAUUAUUAUUAUUAUUAUAGGCUUUAUUUAACGAGGCUAACACUUUACAGUUAGUAGUAAAUUAACACUGAUGACUUCGUGGCCCUCACUAUAUACUAAGUUGAAAAAUUUAGAAUGUAAAAAAAAAUAUACUAUAUACAAAUGUAGUUAAAAGAUUUUUAAAAUAGUUACAUGCAGACUCAUGAUCAUGGUGGCUUUCUGUUUAUCUAAAUAUGACUUAUAUAAAUUGUACUUAAAACUAGCAUGCACAGAGGUCUUUUUUCUAAUGUCCAUAUCAAUGCUAUUCCACUCAAUAGAGGAUCUAGCCGUAAAAGUACGACCACCUUCAGUUUUUCUGGUAAAUCUAGGACACACCAAGUUCGUAUUUGAGUAUCGGGUUUCUCUUUGAUGAAUAUCCGAAUUCCGUAAUAAAAGUCUAUCAAUAUAAUUGGGUGUAUUUACACUCGUAUUUACGCGCUUGUAAACUAAUGUAUUCCGUUUAAUUUGUGACUGCCUAGUAAAUGGCAGCCAGUUCAAGGUACUAAAUAAAGUUAUUGACGGCGUAGUCCUAUCGGCGUCAAGAAUGAUUCGUGCUGCCCUUUUCUGAAGCUUUAGAAUUCUUUGAACACAAUCGCCGGAACAAUUGUCCCAUAUCAUACUCCCAUACAUCAUAGUAGGUUUAAUAAUUCCGUUGUAAUACGUUUCCCUUCGUCGUUUUUUCAGGUAUGGGCUUAUAUGCUUUAUUUUGUUAAUGAGCUCAAAAUCUCCCCUGUAACAAUGCGUGACUGCCAACUCUCAUCCUCGUUUGACCAUGCAAGGGCUUAAAAAAACUACUCAACCACACCUAGUCAACCAUGUUUCAAUUUUCAACUAUAAGCCUGGCUGUGAUACAAAUUAAAGCUUCUUUUUCGGUCAUUGCAAGGAUUAAUUUGUAUUCCGGGAAGGAGAACUUGAAUCCCUGUUCGUGAACAUAUAUACUUUCUUAUCAUUUUCAAGGCGGACGUUAUAAAAACAGUCACCAUUCCGUUGAUGAAAAGAUUUUUGCUGGACGAUGAAGGAUUAGACUUGAAGGUAAAGAAAACCAUCUUAAGCAUAAUCUGGGUCAAGGUUGUUUGAAAUCGUAUUUCUUAAGUACUUAGUCAGUCCCUGUAUUCUGUUCUUUUAUACAGUAGUUAAUAUUGUUCACAGUAAUAAUAAAAACAUUUAUUUAAACAUAAUAAUAUAAUUACAGCAUGGUUGAUGUGGUCGUGUGACUAAUACUAUACCAUAUAUACUAAUUAACUACUGUAUACUGUAACAAAUAAUAAAUUGUGGCUAAUUCGACUAAUUAAAUUAAUAUUUUAAUAGCAAUAAUAAAAAUUAUUGUUCUUAAUAUGUAUUUUAAGAUUGUUAAAAGAGGAGCAGCGCCAAAUGGAGGUGGGGAAGUGGUAUUUUCGUGUCCUGUCCGACGAACGUUAAGACCUCUACAGUUUACAGAACCUGGGAAAAUAAAAAGAAUACGAGGAUUGGCGUAUCCUUUGAUAAAUUUUAUGCUAUGAUUUUUUCCCAACUACAGUAGUUAGGCCGGUUAUACAAACGAGCACGUUUUCCAUGCCUAUGGCAAGUUUUGAUUCGCAUGUUUUAUUUGACCAUGAUGUGUACAGAAAAACUUGUCAAGUAUUGCUAUGAAAUCUUCACCUUGAAACAAGUUCACUUGUCAUGACUCAUAGUAAAACUGUCGUCUGUUCACGUAACAUUUAGUACCAUUAGUUUCUGCGGUCGUUGUCGUUUGCGGACAGAAUGAACCUGAAUUGGUAAUAUCUCUUCCCAAAUUAGGAAGAUCAAGUGCAGUAUUGUGGAACAUCCAGGCCGAGUCCUGUAUAGAGAUCAAAAUAACAAUGAUCCGAUAUUUCCAGUGAAUUACCAUGCAUAAUUCUUUAUAUAGGGAAUUUUUUUGAAGUAGCGUGCUCCGUCGCCCAGUGGCCAGCGCAACUAUUAAACGCACAUAGUAGAUAUGACAGUAUACUGCCAGUGCAUGAUAGCCUAUAGUCAUGGUUAUAAAUGUGAAGCUAUUAUAUAUAUUGUAUUCCAUGACGAACUACUCAGAUAUUCCGUGAGAGUUUCACCUGCGAUGGUCAACAGAAUCGUUGAUGCUGCUAGGGAAAUGUUAAACAAAUGUGUAUCAGACAUUUAUAUUUAUACGGAUCACUGCAAAGGCAGCCAAGCUGGAAGGUAAUUUUGACCACUAUAUUGCGAAUAACAUGACGUAAUGCGUGAGGGAGCGCAGUGUUUUUUUGAAGAAAGAAAUUAAACGCUUUUAGUUUUUAUAUUCUUCAUUCCUUGUCCUGUCCUUAAAUCCCGCUGAUUGAACUUAUCUCUGAUCAAGGUAAUUGUUUCUUCUCUUUAUGAAUGACGAAAAACAAGAAAUUUUAUUCGAUCUAGUAAACUGAAAUUUGACGUCAAAGCGUUGAAAAUCUAAACCGUGUGAAUAAGUGCCUUUUACUACUGCUUGCGAGCAGGUUACUAUACUGUAUUGGCCGAGUAACUACAUGAAGUUCUUACUCCAUAUGUAUAUAGAGAGCUUACUGAGUUGACCCAACUUUGAACUGAGUUUGAAGUUAUAUUUCGAAGUUAUAUUUCGAAGUUACAUAGUAGCUAAAUAUAUACUGAGCAUAAUCUUGAACCGUUUUGUGCCAGUGCACGUAAGGGAUAUACAACUACUUGAAAAAUGUUAAGGAGAAUUUCAAAUUAUGUAGUUGGCAUCCCUACCAACGAAAGCUUGUUCACAUACUGAGCAUGCAUGACAUGCAUACACUGUAUGUGAAUAUACGACGUUAGAAAAUACAGUCCUUAUGUGAAUAUAAUAGUAGAGAACUACUGUAUUACAUAUUCUUAUACUGAUUAAUAUUACCCUACCCCAGUAAUCAUUCGUGAAUGAUGGAUCCACCGUUAACAACACGCCGUCAAAUGCUAUGGUGAGCUGUCAAUAAAGUGCCUGAAAUUUUUAUGUACAAUUACAAACAAAUUUGAACGGAUUUUUUGAACAGGUCUUCGGGGUUUGGUUUGUCUCUUGUGGCUGAAUCAACUAAAGGUGUUUUAUUGAGCGCUGAAAAUUCGUCGAGGUCAGCUGAUGAAGGAAAUGUCAUUUCACCGGAAGAUCUUGGAAGGCAAACAGCAGUGUCGCUUCUUGAGGAAAUUUACAGGGUAAGAUUGUUAAACAGUUAAUAAACAUUUCAUUUGCGGUAUGAUCGAAGUCAAACUCCUUUAUGGUAAGUUAAAUGGCAAAUAAUUAACAUUACAGUAAAUAAUAUUCGGUGUUUUAUAAUGUCCAAUAAAAAGGUCUUUGGUCAAACAGAAGAGGGUCCUGAAGGGGUAAAAUGGGAAUUGGGAUUUGCUUAUUUUUGGGUGGGAAAAUGGAAUUUCAUGCACUGGGACUGGGAUUCAUCAGCAUAAAGACAAUAGAAAAUGGGAAUGGGAUUAAGAUUUGAGCAGGACGGCCACUGAGAUGAUGGGAUUUGUGCUCUGGGACAAUGGGAUUUUGUCAAAGUUUGGGCUGGGAAAUGGGAAUACGACCCCCCCCCUUCAGGACCCUCACAGAAGGGCGUUGUCUCGUGUAAGCAAACUUGUGCUCAGGGCAGAGUUGUUAACGAGUCCUAUGUUGCAAGUCCAAGUCAAGUCACAAGUCAUUUCCUGCAAGUCCAAGUCAAGUCGCAAGUCAUUUGGUCUGAGUUCAAGUCAAGUCACAAGUCAUUUUGUCUAAAUACAAGUCAAGUCACAAGUCAUUCCGAGUGGCAAGUCAAUUCAAGUCAAGUCACAAGUCAUUUUAUCGUCACAUGUGGCCAUGUUUUCCCACGCAAAACGGCUAAAUAUGUAAAUAUGGCGUCGUUAUUUUAUGUCAGAAAUUUUACACGAAAUCGCGAGAAAAACCCCGCUUUGUCAGAAAAUACGCCGGCACAAAUUCUGUCGAUGCCAUUGAUAUGUACUAAGGUCGUUGCCCAAAAUGUACAACACGACGAUCGAUCGAUCAACACAAAGAUUUUGGAAAACUUGAUUUUCACAAAAUUUUCACUAGAUAUUUACGUUUGACUUGCGUUGGUAACAAGUCAUUUCUUGCAAGUCCAAGUCAAGUCACAAGUCAUUUUGUCCAAGUCCAAGUCAAGUCACAAGUCAUCAGUCUCUUUAACAAGUCAAGUCACAAGUCACAAAAAUUGCGACUCGAGUCCGACUCGAGUCCAAGUCACUCGAGUCUACAACUCUGGCUCAGGGACGCCGGAAAUUGGGGGACAGGAGGGGCAGCCGCCCCUGUUGCCCUUUACCAGGAGGGGCAAGGAGGGUUAAAGGAUUGCCUUGGCGAAAUAGCGAAUUGUCAGAAAUGUUAGUGCAAUUCUUUUACGAAUUUGCUUCAGAAAACGCAAGAAAUGCAGUCAUCGAGCUUCAAGAAUAGCACAAUCGCCUGGCGGAGAACCCCCUCACACAAUAAAUAGAAAACAUGAUUAGGCGAAGUUCAACUCCCGAUGUUUUGCAAACAUCUCUUAGUAUAUAUCAAUUCAAAAGUGCCCUUUCACGAAAAUCUCCCCCCCCCCUUGCUUUCACAUCGUUCCGGCGUCCCUGCUUGUGCUCAUUAGCUUUUGUGGUUGAAUUUUACAUUAAAUUGAAGCUUAUAUUACGUAUAAUAACAUACCUAACAUAUAUACAGUAUGUUUGGGAAAUUGAUAAUUUUGUAAUUAAAAGUGAUAUUUCGAGGGGAUUUUUCAAUUAUAAAAAUAUUCUUCAUUAAAUUAUCGUGUUACCAUGACAACUAUUUUAAAUACUUCAUGUUCGGAAAAAAUGGUUUUGUCAGUGAGGCGAUGGUUUCUGCAUACAUGAAUUUUCUAGUAAUUCAUUGAUCUACGCCAAAAGUUACAACUGGCAUUGUCUCAGAAUUUGGAAGUUUAUAUUUAAACUGUAUAUUAGUUGAAUUUAUAUUCAGAUGAGGAACUCGUCAAAGAAAACCCGUAUAAAUAUUAAAUUAGUUAACUUAGGAGACACUCGGACAGAAAUCCGUCUUAAUUUUUAGAUGCCUGGGUGCUCUGUUUUGCUUUUCCCAGAGGCAUUUUGUUUACCACGUAAUUCUAGUUCCAGUCUUUACCGUGUUACCCUGGUUCAUUUUCUUCACUUUCAUAUUUACCAGUCUUAAUGCGAAUUUAAGCAAUUUUUGGUUUUCCCUCUGAAUCACAUGUUUUAGACAGCAUGCAUGCGUGUCAUAAUAUGUCCUUUCAAGAAGUAGCACUUUAAACAAAUUUUGCAUAUAUUAUAAAAUCUUGAAUAUAUAAAAAGAGGAAAAUAAGCAUCAGUUACAACCACUUUACUAAUAACAGAUUUUUUGCACAUCGUUUGGACAAAAUGAUGUGCAAAUUGCACAUUGUUAAUUCGAACCCAUGCAUCAUGCGUACAGUGUAUACGCCCGUGCGUAAAAGUUUUAAUCUUUCAAAAUUUUGUAUAAACACUAAUUACCUCAAAAAUACACUUUAUUCUUUAAACCAUACACUAAACUAAAUGCUAUCCUUUUAUUCAUUUAAUUAUUUCAUAAGAAACUUUUAAAUUGAUUUAAACUGCAGUGUAUACUACUAUACGCAUGUAUGAAAAGCACUAACUACAGGAAAGCAGAAAAGUGCCAAAGACGAGUUUCCACUCAUUCGAGUCUCUCGUCCAACCGUCUGACAUUCCAUCUGUUUGGACGGGAAACUGAAAUGUUAUCGGAUUUAUAUUAGACGAAUGGUAUUGGUCAAGAAAAAUCUCGUCUGGCCCAGCACACUGAAGGCCCGUUACACUACACUCAAUUUUUUAUACGAAAUUUAUCCGUGCUCAAACUAUUUUAUCCAGUACUAAAUUUGUAAGAUUACUUCAAUCUGUGCCGUAUAUACAAGUGCCUGAACCAGCAUUUUCUGCACUACGGGCAUAUAUGUAUCUGUUGUUAUUAACUGUCUGUAUUCUUGUUUUUACCGUCCGUAGAAUAAUAUGCAUUGCCGAUUAUGCCCUUGCUUAGAAAUAGAAAUUUCAAUUUCUAUUUAGGGUGGUUGCGUGGAUUCGAGACAUCAAUGUUUACCUCUGCUCUUCAUGGUUCUUGGUCAACGUGACGUUUCUAAACUUUUAACUGGACCUUUGUCUCCUUAUACGUAAGACGUUGAACUUUGUUAUUAUCGACAUAUUGCAAUAGGCCUGGGGAUGGUUGUACGAAGGCCGGAUAGUGAUUUUUUUCAAGCUUUCUUAUAUCAGUCGUUGCCAUUUGUAUAACUCGUAUUAAAGUUUAGUUUUUAUAAGUUAAAUGUUUUUUAUACUUCUUGUGUCGUCUAUAUCCGUAUAGUUUCACAGUUUUGAAGCAUUUUUGCAAAGGUUGAGAAAAUCACUAUCCGGUGGAUAGCGCUAUCCGGCCUUCGUACAACCGGCCCCUGUAAUAUAGAGGUGCGAUAAAUGCGAUCAAAGCAUUGUGCAUGUCAUGAUGAUAGUUUCCCAUAUUAAGCUUCCCUUGGGUGACAUCCUGUGCAUGAAAAGUAACAACAGUCUUUAGUUUGCAAAACGUAAGUGAAAGAAAAACGAUAACGACCUAAAGAUCUGGGCUUACAGAUCGAAAGUGUAGCAAAACGUCUACUAAUACAAGUAGCUGAAAAAAUAUGAUAAUUUCAUUUGAAUUUUUGUUUUUUAUUUCCAGGAUCCAAUUUUUACGACAUCUUCAUGAUUUCUUUGGUGUAGUUUUUAAAGUACAAAGUUUAUCAAAAGAUGAAAGCGAUGAGAGUAUGACAGGAUGUGAUACACACAUAUUAUUAUCUUGUAUUGGCGUAGGAUAUAGUAAUGUUAGCAAAUCUAUUACGUAAACUAUGGUGUGAAUAUUAUUACAAAGAUAUUUAUAAUAAAUUAUUGUACACGCUGUUAUGGGUUUAAUGUAAGCCUAACCCCAUUACGACGGGGAACCAGGCAUGAAUUGAUCAGAAUUAUCAAAAAAAUAUGCAUUGUGGUGGCAUUAGGACAUAAACAUACAUACGCUGAUAUAUUGACUGAAGGGUUUCCAGUGGAAAUUUGUAGGUAAAUUGCUGUUGGGUUGCUAGGUUUACUAACAACCACCUGGUUGCAACAUUGCCACUGAAGACAUGGAGUAUUGUAAGUUUCCAAAACAAGGAUCACAUGUUGCAUUGAUAUCAUGAUUCAUUAUGGUGGAUAUUACCAGCCUGUUAUUGGAAGCUAUCAACAAUUGCCAAAGG